AUGGACGGUGAAGAAGUUGCUGCUUUAGUUAUUGAUAACGGUUCCGGUAUGUGCAAAGCCGGUUUCGCCGGUGAUGACGCUCCAAGAGCCGUCUUCCCAUCCAUCGUUGGUAGACCAAGACACCAAGGUAUCAUGGUCGGGAUGAACCAGAAGGACUCCUACGUUGGUGACGAAGCCCAGUCCAAGAGAGGUAUCUUGACCUUGCGUUACCCAAUUGAGCACGGUAUCGUGACCAACUGGGACGACAUGGAAAAGAUCUGGCACCACACCUUCUACAACGAGUUGCGUGUUGCCCCAGAAGAGCACCCAGUCUUGUUGACCGAGGCCCCAAUGAACCCUAAGUCCAACAGAGAAAAGAUGACCCAGAUCAUGUUUGAAACCUUCAACGUUCCGGCCUUCUACGUCAACAUCCAGGCCGUUUUGUCCUUGUAUUCUUCCGGUCGUACCACCGGUAUUGUCUUGGACUCUGGUGACGGUGUCACCCACGUCGUGCCAAUCUACUCCGGUUUUGCUUUGCCACACGCCAUCUUGCGUAUCGACCUUGCCGGCCGUGACUUGACCGACUACUUGAUGAAGAUGUUGUCCGAACGUGGUUACACAUUCUCCACCACCGCCGAACGUGAAAUCGUUCGUGACAUCAAGGAGAAGUUGUGCUACGUCGCUCACGACUUUGACCAGGAAUUGCAGACCUCCGCCCAGUCCUCUGCCAUUGAAAAGUCCUACGAAUUGCCAGAUGGCCAGGUUAUCACCAUCGGUAACGAACGUUUCAGAGCCCCAGAAGCCAUCUUCCACCCAUCCCUCCUCGGCUUGGAAGCUGCUGGUAUCGACCAGACUACUUACAACUCCAUCAUGAAGUGUGAUGUUGAUGUCAGAAAGGAGUUGUACGGUAACAUCGUCAUGUCUGGUGGUACCACCAUGUUCCCAGGUAUCGCCGAGCGUAUGCAGAAGGAAAUCACCGCCUUGGCCCCAUCCUCCAUGAAGGUCAAGAUCAUUGCCCCACCUGAGAGAAAGUACUCUGUCUGGAUUGGUGGUUCCAUUUUGGCUUCUUUGUCCACCUUCCAACAGAUGUGGAUCUCCAAGCAGGAAUACGAUGAAUCUGGUCCUUCUAUUGUCCACCACAAGUGUUUCUAA